UUUCGCGUGUGUGACAUCAUAUAAAGAUGUCAUAACUAACCGAGCUGUGAAGUGAUUACAGUCAAGCACGCUUAUCAAACAGAAGCCCGUUGGACUCAUUCGCCUCAGGAUUCGUUCCGUUUGUCAUAAUAUUCCAAACAACUGGAUUGCACGUUUUGAAAAGAGUCUUUAAGCCAUAUUUGCAUCUUUUUUUUACUGUUGGACGCGUGGUGUCUUCAGGUGAAACUCGUUUCUCUCCCGUCGUCCCGAUGCUCUCCUCUGGCAGGACCGCGUCGUCCCGGCUCUGCUGGCCGCUUCGGAGGCUCCGUUCCCGGCUGACCUGCGAGCAGAGAGCCGCCGCCAGCACUCAACCGAAAGAACUGAUCAAAAAAAGAAACCUGGUCGAAGAUGAGCUGCGGCCCCUCUACAUGGACUUCCAGGCCACCACACCUAUGGAUCCUCGCGUUCUGGAUGCCAUGUUGCCCUACCAAGUUAAUUUUUACGGCAACCCGCACUCGAGGACGCAUGCCUACGGCUGGGAGAGCGAGAGCGCCAUGGAGACGGCAAGGAAGCAGGUGGCCGAUCUGAUAUGCGCCGAUCCCCGAGAGAUCAUCUUCACCAGCGGCGCCACCGAGUCUAACAACAUGGCGGUCAAGGGUGUGGCGCGGUUCUACAAGGGCAAGAAGCGCCACGUGAUCACCACGCAGACGGAGCACAAGUGCGUUCUGGACUCGUGCCGCGUUCUGGAGGCGGAGGGAUUCCGCGUCACCUACCUGCCCGUGCAAAACAACGGACUGAUCGACCUCGAGCUGCUGGAGGCGUCCAUGACCCCCGACACAUCUCUGGUGUCCAUCAUGACGGUCAACAACGAGAUCGGAGUGAUGCAGCCCAUCAAGGAAAUCGGCCGUCUUUGCCGCUCCAAGGGCGUCUUCUUCCACACGGACGCCGCGCAGGCCGCCGGGAAAGUUCCUCUCGACGUGUCGGACGCCAACAUCAACCUCAUGUCCAUCAGCGCCCACAAGAUCUAUGGACCGAAAGGCGUGGGCGCGCUGUAUGUGCAGCGGCGGCCUCGCGUGCGACUGGAGCCCCUGCAGAACGGCGGCGGCCAGGAGAGGGGUCUGCGCUCGGGCACCGUGCCCACGCCGCUGGCCGUGGGCCUGGGGGCCGCCUGCAGCAUCGCGCAGCAGGAGAUGGAGUACGACCACCAAAGGGUGACCUUGCUGGCAAACCGUCUGAUCCAGAAGAUCACAUCUCAGAUCCCCGACGUGAUCUUGAACGGCGAUCCGCAGCAGCGUUACCCCGGGUGCAUCAACUUGUCGUUUGCCUACGUGGAGGGCGAAAGUCUGCUGAUGGCCCUCAAGGACAUCGCGUUGUCCUCCGGAAGUGCAUGUACGUCAGCCUCACUGGAGCCGUCGUACGUCCUCCGAGCCAUCGGCGCUGAUGAAGAUCUCGCACACUCCUCCAUUAGGUUUGGGAUUGGCCGCUUCACCACAGAAAAGGAGGUGGACUUCACGGCCGAGAAAUGCAUCCAGCAGGUUCAAAGACUCCGCGAGAUGAGUCCUUUGUGGGAGAUGGUGCAAGAAGGCAUCGACCUGAAGAGCAUCAAGUGGACCCAGCACUAGACUCCACCCUUAUGAUCUCCACUCGCCGGUUGACAAGCAGUCCGUUGGAUUCAACAUCUUUGCCCCCCACCUUUAUCGCCGCACUCAAAACACGCACAAAUGUCCUUUGACGGCCCAGAGUGUCCUGUUCGCUGCAGCCCCCCUUGUCGCACUCAAAGCGUAAAAACCCAACAUCUGCUUUUUUCAUUUAUUGUAAUUAGAGUCACUAUCUUAACUACCAAAAUACAUGUUUUUAUAACUAGCUGGAAAAGCUACCAGUGGUAAGGAAAACUAUAAACAAUAAUACUGAAAUUCCCGGCCUACAGAGUGCACCUGGUUAUAAGCCUCGGUAGCGCGCUAGCGUUAAACUCUUUCUGUUGUACCAAGGCUUAUAACCAGGUGCGCUGACGCUCGCGCCACGCUGACGCUAGCACCAUGCUAACGCCAGCGCCGCAUCACCGCAGGGUUGAAAGCAUGUGGAAAAAAGUCGCGGCUUGUCGGCCGGAAAUUUCGGAACUUUUUGGUGUGAAUGGACUUUUUGUUGAGUGUUGUCAAUGUUUUGUCAGUCAUCUACACCUCAGUACGUGGAAACUGUCCUGUCAGUCUAGCGUUUUUGUUGGCACAGCUCACAGAUAUUUACAAUAUUAUUCAAUAAAGAAUAUUCAUCAUUUAA